AUGAAUGAAGCUGGACAGGGUGUGAAGUACACCUGUGAGAUCACGGGGAGUCCUGCAACCUUGGUGUGCUCCGAAUGUCCUGUCUACUUUGCCACCUAUGAUCACUUCGACGUUUGGUGGAAAGGCAUUGGCAACCUCAUUGCGCAGGACAUUGUGGUUCUCCGUGCUCCGCCAAAGAUGAUCGGAAGCGAGGAGGAACGCAAGCGGCGUGCCGAGGAGCUCAUGGGCAUCCGGAAGGAGCUGCUGGAACUCUGCACAGAGACCGCGCAGAAGUUUUUGGUGCAGGGGAAGUAUGAGCUAGCUGUUCCGGGCGCGCUACAAA